AUGGCGGAUUAUAGAGCGCUGAAACAGCGUCGUGCAAGAAUAAAAGGGCAAGUCACUCGUAUAUUGUCAUUUUUCGAGGCACCGGGUGAAAAAACAAUCGCGGAAGCUCAGGUAAGGGCUGACAAACUCGAAGGUCUGUGGACUGCAUUCGACGAGGUACAAUCGGAAAUCGAGCUGAAUCCAACGGAGGACGACGAGCGUUUCGAGGAGCAGCAACAAGAAGGAGACGCGGAGAGAAUGCUCUUUGAAGAGAGCUACUACACGGCCGCGAGAAUAUGUAAAGAAACAAUCGAUCGCAUUAAGUUCGAACGACAAGUUGGGAAUUUGAAUAUUCAACAAGGCGACGCACCACCGGUUCCGCAAGCGCAGAGGCAUCGGCCGAAGCUCCCUGAAAUUAAACUCCCGGAAUUCGAUGGUGAGUUUACUAAAUGGAUGUUCUUCAAAGACAGCUUCGAAACUACUAUUCACGAGGACCAGGAUCUCACGGCGAUGCAAAAGCAUCAAUAUCUCGUUGGCGUUCUCAAGGGCGAGGCGCUUAAUGUAAUACAAGGAUACAAGAUCUCAAAUGAGAACUACGCACACGCAUGGCAGCUUCUAAAGGACACAUUCGACAACAAAAUCCUCAUCAUCGAGAGUCACCUGGACGAGCUCCUAGAAUUUCCAACGAUCGCAAAAGAAGACAAGGCGGAAUCGAUUAGGCAAUUCGUUUGGCACAUACGGACCCACAUGACGUCGCUGGAGGCACUCGGGCAACCAGUUCAUCAAUGGGAAACGCUGGUUCUUCAUCUGGCAAAAAAGAGCAUAGAUUUUGUCGAGAAACGAGAUUGGCAAAAUUCAGUGAAGGAUCGGACUCCAGCUAACAUGCCAACGCUGGAGGAAUUUUUAAAGUUUCUCACCGACCGAGCCAACACGCUGAGGGUCCUAAAUCAAGGGAAAACAAGGAACAACACAAGCACUAAAAUGAACGAAAAUAAGAAGAAAAACGAGAAAAAAGUAUCGUUAACGGUAACGACGCAAAAUUGUAGAUUUUGUAAAAAAGAAUCUCACUCAAUUUACAAGUGCGAGGAGCUACAGAAGCUUUCGCCAAUGGACCGGAAAACGGAGGUCGUAAAAAAGCGGCUGUGCAUUAAUUGUCUAGGGAAUGGACAUUUUGCAAAGGAUUGCAAAUCGACAGCGUGCAAAAAGUGUUCGAUGCGUCAUAAUACGCUUCUCCACCGGGAAUCGGAGCCGCAAGACAAAAAUGAGGAAAAUGCCGAUGCAUCGGCAGUGGUCACGUCCUGCACCGAGCGGACGACGAAAAUUUCGAGCGCAUGCGCAAAUAACGGCGAGGAAAAUCGCGGGAGUAUUUAUUACGUACACAGGCCGACGACAAACGUCAUUCUCUCGACAGCGCGAGUACACGCUUACGACAUCGAAGGCAAGCCUCACGUCUGCAGAGCACUGCUGGAUCCCGGGUCUCAAUUAAACCUGGUAACCGAAAGUUUCGCAAAAAAAUUGAAGCUGCGAUGCAGAACGGAGCAUCGAACGAUCAGCGGAAUAAACCAGGGGAGAACGAGCACGGGAAAGAUCGCGGAGGUCUGGAUAGAGUCGAUGAGAGAGAAUUUCAGGUCGAACAUUGAAUGUUUGAUAAUACCGGAGAUUACAGAAAAGUUGCCGCAAGGAAAAAUCGACGUACAGCAAAUAUUGAUGCCGAUGGAUAUUCAGCUGGCCGAUCCAGUAUUCGACAAACCCGAUAAAAUUGAUUUACUGAUUGGAGCGGGACUGUUUUGGAAAAUCGUCGUCGGGACGCCGAAGAAUCGCGUUCAAGGACAACCGGCUUUACAAAAUACCCGUCUCGGGUGGAUCGUCGGGGGCGAAAUUCCCGGCGAGGGAUCAAAAUCCACGGCAGCUCAUCUCGCGGUAACCAACGAGAUGUUAAACGAACAGAUCGAAAAAUUUUGGAGGUUCGAGGAGCUUCCGGAAACGCUUCAAUACACGGACGAGGAGAAAUAUUGUGAGAAAUACUUCUCGGAAACGGUCAAGCGAGACCGCGAGGGACGAUUCAUCGUUCGAUUACCACAACGGAAAAAUAUCGCUCUCGGUGAUUCGUACGAACAAGCACUUCGACGAUUUCUAUCGCUCGAGAGGAGAUUCGCGCGGGACGCGAAGCUGAAACAAGAAUACAUCGCCUUCAUGGAAGAUUAUUUACGUCAGGGUCACAUGUCGUUGUCAAAAAACGAUAAGACUCGAGGAUCGGAAAACUACAUACUACCACAUCAGGCUGUCGUCCGACCGGAUAGUGUUACGACGAAAUUGCGAGUCGUGUUUGACGCGUCCGCAAAAACAACUCUGGGCACAUCGCUGAACGACAAACUUCUUCCCGGACCGAAUUUGCAACGAGAUUUAAUUGAUAUUAUUUUACGGUUUCGGACACACGCCUACGUAAUGACCGCAGAUGUUGCUAUGAUGUAUCGACAAAUCGUCGUGGACGAACGAGAUCGGGCGUUGCAGCGAAUUCUAUGGAGAAAAAAUCCGCAGGAAACCGUCAAAUUACACGAGUUAAACACGGUGACGUAUGGUACGUCCUGUGCUCCGUUUCUGGCCAUUCGGUGCCUCAGAGAGCUCGCGGCAGAAACACAAGAUUUAAGAAAAGCAGCAAGAGCUGUUAACGAAGAUUGUUACAUGGACGAUGUGUUGACGGGAGCGAACACGAUCGACGAGGCCGUCGAGCUGCAGAAACAACUGGCCGAGUUGUUAUCGCGCGGUAAAUUUCAGCUCCGAAAAUGGAGAGCAAACGAUGAUCGGAUUUUAACGCAUCUUGCCGAGGCGUGUAAGACCGAUGGGCUGUUGACGCUGGAUAAAGAAGGAGCGUUAAAAACAUUGGGAUUACUGUGGAACGCCGAGGAGGACUGUUUACAAUAUUGCAUCAAAACCGGAGCAGCGAGUGCGACAACAAAGCGCGUCGUUCUGUCAAAAAUCGCCCAAGUGUUUGACCCGCUUGGUUUGAUAGCGCCGUUACUGAUAAACGGGAAAAUAAUAAUGCAGCGACUAUGGUUGUUCGAUAUCGAUUGGGAUCAGAGUCUGCCGGAGGAAUCCCGGACCGCCUGGGAAAGUUACUACGCCUCUCUGUCGAGAAUCAAUGAGCUACGAAUUCCAAGAAACGUCGUACCAGGAAACUCGUCCGAUAAAUUCGACAUUUUUGGAUUCGGCGACGCGUCGGAGACAGCUUUCGGAGCGUGUUUAUACGCGGUGAGUCGUGACGACGAAGGGAACAUCCACUCCCACCUCAUUUGCUCGAAAACAAAGGUUGCACCGUUAAAAACGAUUUCGAUGCCUCGUUUGGAAUUAGAAGCGGCUCUGCUCCUCGCAAAACUUUAUACGACAGUAAAAACAGCGUACGGAGAGCGUCUCAAGGACGUCAAAUUGUGGAGCGAUAGUACAAUCGUUCUAGGCUGGCUCAAGACGCCGCCAAACGCAAUGAAGACUUUCGUAGCGAAUCGAAUUUCGAAAAUUCAAACUCUCACAAAGGCAACGGAUUGGUACCACGUCCCAUCGGAAGACAAUCCCGCUGACAUGCUGUCGCGAGGAAUCACGGUCGAACGAUUGAUCGAGGACAAACUGUGGUGGCAUGGACCGCCGUGGCUGACGCAGGAGGAGCCGUGGCCGAAAAACAUGAGGAAACCGGACACAGAAUUACCGGAAUUAAAGCCAGUGACCGUCACUCUGACGACAAUCACCGUAUCGAGCAUUCUCGAGAAAUUUAAGUCAUACCGCAAAUUAAUGCGUGUUAUCGCCUACUGCCUUCGCUGGAGAAAUCGAAAAAAUCCGUCUAAGAAUCGAGCACUCACCGUCCAGGAGCUCGACCGAGCAGAAAAAGCCAUAGCAAGAAUGGUUCAACACGAAAGAUUCGCGCAAGAAAUUCGCGACCUUGAGAACAAAAACGAGAUACAUCGCAAAAGCCCGCUUCGAGCACUGACCCCCGUGUUGGACGACGAAGGUUUGCUCCGAGUCGGAGGACGACUCAGGAAUGCAGAAUUGUCUGAGGAUCAAAAGCACCAGAUAAUUCUCCCGGCGAAACAUUUCGUUACAACGUUGAUAUUGAAAGAGGAACAUUUGCGUUUACAUCACUGCCCUCCGAUGCAAAUAUUGCACUCAGUGGGGCACAAAUUCUGGCCUUUGAGCGGCCACAGGGAGACGAAAAAGAUAGUAAAAGCGUGUCUCCCCUGUUUUCGAUUUCGCCCGAGCUUUCCCGAGGUGAAGAUGGGCGAUUUACCCGCGCAACGAGUCUGUGGAUUCGUGCGACCGUUCGUGACAACUGGCAUCGACUACGCUGGCCCGAUACAAAUUCGUGAGAGCCGCCGUCGUGGAAGGAUUCACGUCUGCAAGGGUUACAUCGCAGUUUUUACCUGUUUUAGCACAAAAGCUGUGCAUUUGGAACUCGUGACAGAACUCACGACCGAGGCAUUCUUGGCCGCGCUGCGUCGUUUCACCGCCCGGCGAGGUGUCUGUUCACAGCUGUUCUCUGAUAACGCAACGAAUUUUGUCGGCGCCGCCCGCGAACUCAAAGAAAUUUAUGAGUUUCUCGAAAAAGAAAAAACCGAGAUAGAAAACAAUCUCGCGAACCAGCGCAUUCAAUGGAAUUUUAUUCCACCCCGAGCCCCGACGUUUGGCGGCUUAUGGGAGGCGGCCGUAAAAGUCGCGAAAAAACAUCUGUAUACAAUGACACGAGGCUUGACCUUGACAUAUGAAGAGUACAGCACGCUCUUAACUGAAAUCGAGGCAAUUCUAAAUUCCCGACCCCUGACCCCCUUGUCCAGCGAUCCAGCUGAUCUAUCCGUGCUCACCCCUGCCCAUUUCCUUGUUGGCGAUUCACUUUUUCAGCCUGUGCAGCACGAUCUUCGGGAGACGCCGGAUAAUCACCUAUCACGGUGGGAGCACCUGCAGAAAAUUCGUCAAAAGUUAUGGCGAAGAUGGCAGGACGAGUAUCUACAAGAGCUUCAAAAACGAAGCAAAUGGAGCAAAAACGGAGCAAAUAUCGAGGUCAACACAGUUGUCUUGCUCAAGGACGAUAACGUAUCACCCCUUCAUUGGGCGCUUGGCAGAAUUGUCGAGCUUUUCCCGGGUCCGGACGGCGUCGUACGGGUCGUUUUAGGUCGUCCCGUAGGAGGAAUACGGAUUCACAGGUUCGCGGCUUGA